AAUUCGCAGCCCACUUUCCUUAAUUCUCACCGUCGCCCCAACACUUCUUCCACUCUCCGAAGUUUUCCCUCCCAACCAACACUUUCCUCUCUAGUCCCUUCACCCCUUGACCAUCCCACAAAGACCACAAAGAAACAAAGGGGCCACGCGAAACUGGGAGAGAAACAAAGAAAAGGAAAACAAAAGGAAGGAAACUCGACCGAACUGAGGCUCCAAUUCGAGAAAUCAGUGUUAGAAAUCGACAAUUUUCCGUGAUCUAGUUUUCCGUCUCUGAGCUGAAUGAGUGAAAGAGGGAAAAAAGAGAAGCAAACGGAGAAAAAGGAGAGAAUGAAAAACAUUUUCAAGAAGCUUCACAUAGGGAGCAGUAGCCACGAUCCUAACCGAUCCAAUGAGAUUCCGCCAACUGUCCCCUCGCCGUCGUGCGCCACUGAUCACCGUGCUGCUGUAGCAUCACAGAAUACUGGCGUAUCUCCGGCAAGCCCGUCACCGUCGUCCUCUCCCUCUGCGGCACCGUCUGUCGCUCCGUCUGGUGUCGGCGGCGCCGCCGCUGCGAUCGUCAACCGGCAGGACUUCUUCUCGUCGGAAGAGGAGUUUCAGGUGCAGUUGGCCCUAGCAAUCAGCGCUUCGAACUCGGAUUUCGGUGGCGAUCGCGAGAAGGAUCAGAUCCACGCGGCGACGCUGCUGAGUCUUGGAGGACACCGAAUUGAUUCGGCGAGGAGCAAGGAUGAGGUUGCCGAGGCGCUGUCGAGGCAGUACUGGGAUUACAAUGUGCUUGACUAUGAGGAAAAAGUGGUAGAUGGUUUUUAUGAUGUUUUUGGGCUUUCUGCUGAUUCUGCAAUGCAAGGAAAGAUGCCAUCCCUAAGAGACCUCGAAACAGACCCUGGGGAUUCUAGCUAUGAAGUGGUCAUAGUUAAUCGAACAGUUGAUCCUGCCUUGGAAGAGCUAGUGCAAAUUGCACAUUGUAUUGCAUUAGACUGCCCUGUCACCGAGGUUGGUAUUUUGGUACAAAGGCUUGCUGAACUUGUUACAAGCCAUAUGGGUGGUCCUGUAAAGGAUGCUAGUAUUAUGUUGGCAAGAUGGACGGAAAGGAGUACGGAAUUAAGGACAUCACUUUCAACAAGUUUAUUGCCUAUUGGGUCCUUAAAUAUUGGGCUCUCUAGACAUCGUGCGUUGCUUUUCAAGGUAUUGGCCGACAAUAUUAAGAUGCCUUGUAGGCUGGUAAAAGGUAGUCAUUAUACUGGUGUUGAGGAUGAUGCUGUCAACAUUAUAAAGUUAGAGGAUGAAAGGGAGUUUUUGGUUGAUCUCAUGGCUGCUCCUGGAACCCUUAUCCCAGCUGAUAUUUCAAGUACAAAAGAUAGUGCCUUUAAAUCUUACAAUCCAAAGGUUGUGCCAAGUUUACCUUCCUCUAAUGAAAUUGGGUCUUAUUCAACACCUAUUCCUGCUGAUGAAGGUAGUAGUCAAAAUUCUGUAUUAAGAAAUCAUUCACCACCAUGGAAUGAAAAAUUAUAUUUUGAAAAGCCUGAGUAUGCACGACCUAGCUUGGGUUUCAGCAAAGACGCUGGUGUUGGUCCUUCUAAGAUACCUAAUAAAAGAAAUACGGAAAUUUCACCACCAUACUCUGGUGCUUCUCUGUACAAAGGGACUCUUGGAAUGAAUGCAGUUGGUGAUGGGAUGAGAUUAAAUGUAAAUGUUGUACCAUAUGCUCAGAACAACCCCAAUGAUUCUCAUAGCCUUUUUGCAGAUCUUAAUCCAUUUCAGAUAAAAGGAACUGGGAAGACAUCUGUGCAUAAUAUACCUGUUGAAAAUAAAGCUCCUGAGCUCCAGAGUACAAGAAAAAAUACUAUUCCUGGGCAACCCCCUGUACCAUGGAAGAAUUGUUAUGCUUACAAUGAAGUUUCCAGGAAAAAUAAUCGUAAUCCUAAUGACUACAGUCCUACAUUAUUAGUUUCUAAUAAUUCUUCCGUGUCUGAAAAGGUUAAUCUCAGUGGUAGAAAAUCACCAUACAGUUCAAAUGUAAAUAAUAACAUAAAUGUUCAAACUCCACCGCAAGUUACUGGUUCCAUGAUAGCACCUGCAGCAAUUGAACAGAACUGGAUUCAGGAUCUUAAUGCUGAUCACAAUGGGGGACAUGUGGAGCAUUCUCAGAAUGUCAUGUCAGAGGCUUUUAAAGAACAUGAAAACAGUGAAAUCAGAGAUAUUGACUGGAGGGCGUGCACACAUGACAGAUUCAUGGGAAGCAAUUUAAAACUAAAGGAACCAGAGAGUCCUAGUUCAUCAGUUGAUUCUAUUUCAAACAGGCCCAGGGUUGAUCCAAAUCCACCAAUGUUGGAUGAUGUAGAUGUUGGUGAAUGCGAGAUUCCAUGGGAGGAUCUGGUUAUUGGAGAAAGAAUUGGUCUAGGUUCAUAUGGCGAGGUAUACCAUGCAGACUGGAAUGGCACAGAAGUUGCUGUGAAGAAAUUUUUGGACCAGGAUUUUUCAGGUGCUGCCUUGUCUGAAUUCAAAAGAGAAGUACGGAUAAUGCGUAGACUGCGUCAUCCAAAUGUUGUUCUUUUUAUGGGUGCUGUUACCCGUCCCCCCAAUCUUUCAAUUAUUUCAGAGUUUCUUCCAAGAGGAAGCUUGUACCGAAUUCUUCACCGGCCUAAUUGUCAGAUUGAUGAGAAACGAAGGAUAAAAAUGGCUCUGGAUGUGGCCAGGGGAAUGAAUUGCUUACACACUAGCACACCAACUAUUGUUCACCGUGAUCUGAAGUCCCCAAAUCUUUUGGUUGAUAAGAACUGGAAUGUUAAGGUAUGUGAUUUUGGUUUAUCACGCCUGAAGCACAACACAUUUCUAUCAUCCAAGUCAACUGCUGGAACGCCUGAAUGGAUGGCUCCUGAAGUUCUCCGCAAUGAACCCUCAAAUGAGAAGUGUGAUGUUUACAGUUUUGGGGUCAUCCUAUGGGAGCUUGCGACUCUAAGGUUGCCAUGGAGUGGAAUGAAUCCUAUGCAAGUUGUUGGUGCUGUAGGUUUCCAGAACCGUAGACUUGAUAUUCCCAAGGAAGUUGAUCCUUUAGUUGCAAGAAUAAUCUGGGAAUGUUGGCAACAGGAUCCAAAUUUGCGUCCCUCUUUUGCACAGCUCACAGUGGCACUAAAAUCCCUUCAGCGUCUAGUUAUCCCAUCUCAUCAAGACCAGGUAGCAUCACCUUUGCCGCAGGAGAUUUCUGUAAAUUCCACCCCCUGAAAUGUCUCACUUUCUCAAGUGUCAAUAACUAGGCUAUCUUCGUAGUUUACUUAUGUGAGUAUAAAGUUAUUAAAUGGAACAAGAGAACAAUAAGAGCCAAAGAGAAGAAAGAUUAAAAAAGAAAAGGAAAAAAGAUUAUAUGAAAUCUUGUAACGGCAAAUAUUUGUGUUUAGAAUUGUAUCAAUUGUUGCUGCAGCCAAAACUACUGCAGUGCCAUUUUGUAUGUAUUAGCAUGUCCGAGGAACCAAAACUCGGUAGUAUAUGUAAAUUGCUGUACCUCA